GUCAUCCUUGGAUUAAACUACACUGUAUUGAUUGAACAAUUUGAAAAGCUGGAGACACAGAAAGAAACUCUGAUGGAGAAAUCAGAGGAGGACACGGCGCUGGUGGAGAAAAUAAGAAAGGAGUACGCCAUCCUCCAACGCAAAGCAAACCAGGACGCCAAAUUCCUGAAGAAAAACGCAAAGAUUUUAAAGAAAGAAUUGGAUGAGAGCAAAACAUUUUACAACAAGCUCAAACUUAAAUUUAACUUGGAUAUUACUGGAUUAAAGGAGGAGAUGGAAAGAUGUAAAGAGAAAGUACAACAAGAGAAAGACGCCUCAUUGCAAUCAGCGACUGAGAAGCAGCAGCUCAUCGACAGCCUGCGACAGGAAAACGCCGUCCUGGAGGAAAACACACGGCGAGAAAUCCAGGUCCUCCAGGACAAGGACAGAAAUGCACAGGAUGAACUGGAGACGCUCAGAGUUUUGUUCAAGGAGCUGCAGUGUUCUUACAUUCAUGAUGUUAAUAUGUUGAAGACACAGGCAGAGCAGUUCCAGGAAGAAAUAAGCAGAAUGAAGCAAGAAUUGGAGACAACCAGAGAUAAACUGCAGCCAGACACUGAGGAAGAUCAGCAUGAAGAUCAGGAAACUACAGUUUCACAACAGGAGGAGGAAAAGAACCGGGUCGACCCGGUUAUGGAUUCUAGUCAUCUUAUUUCCUCGGAGGAGGAUUUAGCAAGAGAACCAAUACCAGGAUGUUCAAAUGAUCUGGAAUCCAUACAAGACGACAUCGAUGAGGAAACCAUCCAGCAGGAUUUAGAGACUCCAGAUAUGAACAGCAAACAAGAAGGAAAGAAGAAAAAACCAAAGACUCCAAUUUGGAAAAAAAUUCGAAACAUCUUUAGAUUGAAGAAGACAAAAAAAACAACACAGGAGUGAAUUCAAUAAAAAACGAGGCCUGUGGCGAUUCGGCCUGUUAUGAUAACAGAUUUUACUGAGUGAUUUAAUCGUCUCAAAAAAUUAUCGCGAUAAACUAUAAUAUUGUUUGAAGAUCUUUUCACACUGAUUUAAUGGAUAUUACGUAAUAAUACAUGCGACUUCCUGCCACAGACAGAUGCACUUUACUUUCAAAACAACACAGAGAGGAAUCCUGAACAGCUGACACGGUGCAACCCGAAGUCCAGCAGACAUCGGAGAUGAUAUGUGGAAACAUGAAUGUUUAACCAACAUUUCAUGCAAAGAAAAUAUAAAUAACUCGGGGAGGAGUUGGAGCGAAAUUUCUACCAGAAAACCUGGUAACUUUUCAGCUGUUCUUCGUUAAGGUUUUGAUAAUGGCCGACAAUCGGCGACAUCAGAUGGUGCAGC